AUGGUGGACGAACUGAGCAAGCUAGAGGCGCAAUAUUUCCAAUUUGUGGAGCCGCGUGAUCUUGAUGUUCCAUCUGGAGAUGUUUUGCUGCGACCUGCUGUACAACAAGCUCUCUAUGAGCGCAUGUUCGAUGAGGCUCUCUCCACACUUCCACCCGCGGCCUACCGCACGCGAGUACUGAAACUGAUAACUGCACGAAUCGAAGAAUCAAUUAAAAAUCCUGAUGAAGAUGAACUUAAUGAUAAUUUAAUGGAAGCUCUAGGCACUCUUCUUGCGCAGCCCAAGCCAAAUGCCAUUGAAUUGGCCCGUCAGCUUUCAUGCGUCAAAUACACUGCUCCAUUUCAGCCCACAGACUCCGCGAUCCGUGAGGUGGUGACCAUCGAGUCGCGUGGAUUAAUUCUCUCUGGCGGAACGACUGGCAAUCGCACCUGGGAAGCUGCACUUCACCUUGGUUCCUUUCUUGCCACGCCCGAAGGAGAGAAACUUGUCAGAGGGAAGCGGGUGAUCGAACUCGGUGCAGGGACGGGAUUCCUGUCUCUCUUUUGCGCCAGGCAUCUAGGUGUCCGCGCCGUGGUAUCGAGUGAUCGGGAGCCUGCCCUCAUUUCGAACAUGCACAAAUGUAUAGCACUCAAUCGUACAGAUGACAGUGUCUUCCCGUUUAUCCCUGCACUCUGGGACUGGGGCUCGCCACUGGAAAUUACCGAUGAUCUCAACUACCUGAUUGAGGAUGGCGACUUGCGCUUUGAUAUUGCCCUAGGCGCGGAUUUGAUAUACGAUACCGACAUCAUUCCUCUCCUUCUGUCGACAAUCAAAGAUCUUUUUGAGAAUUACCACGUCAAGCAGUUCAUCAUCUCUGCAACUAAGCGGAAUGAGGAUACCUUCCAGACGUUUUUGGACGGAUGCGAGCAAAGCAAUUUCGACGUCAACGAGAUGCCUUUUGAAUCUACCAACUCGGAAGAUCAAACCGGUUUCUUCCACUCUACCGCCAUACCAAUAUCCACUUAUCAAAUUUCGCAGCGCGCUGUAUAA